AUGAGGAGAAAUGCUUUCACUGACUCUGCUAUCAGUGCUAAAGUGAAUGGUGAGCACAAGGAGAAGGACCUGGAGCCCUGGGAUGCCGGGGAGCUCACAGCCAGUGAGGACCUCGAGGCUUUGGAAAAUGAUGUUUCUAAUGGGUGGGACCCCAAUGAUAUGUUUCGAUACAAUGAAGAAAAUUAUGGUGUGGUGUCUACGUAUGACAGCAGUUUAUCUUCAUACACGGUACCGUUAGAAAGGGAUAAUUCAGAAGAAUUUUUAAAACGGGAAGCAAGGGCAAACCAGUUAGCAGAAGAAAUUGAGUCCAGUGCUCAGUACAAAGCUCGGGUGGCUCUGGAAAACGAUGACAGGAGCGAGGAAGAAAAAUACACGGCCGUUCAGAGAAACUCCAGUGACCGGGAGGGGCACAGUGUGAGCACCAGGGAAAAUAAAUAUAUUCCUCCUGGACAAAGAAAUAGAGAAGUCAUGUCGUGGGGAAGUGGGAGACAGAAUUCCCCACGCAUGGGCCAGCCGGGGUCAGGCUCCGUGCCUUCCAGAUCUGCCUCUCACACUUCAGAGUUCAACCCGAGUUCUGGUGCAGACCAAAGAGUAGUUAAUGGAGGUGUCCCCUGGCCAUCGCCUUGCCCAUCUCCUUCCUCUCGCCCACCUUCUCGCUACCAGUCAGGUCCCACCUCUCUUCCACCUCGGGCAGCCACCCCUACACGGCCGCCCUCCAGGCCCCCCUCGCGGCCAUCCAGACCCCCGUCUCACCCCUCUGCUCAUGGUUCUCCAGCUCCUGUCUCUACUAUGCCUAAACGCAUGUCUUCAGAAGGGCCUCCCAGGAUGUCUCCGAAGGCCCAGCGACACCCUCGCAACCACAGAGUUUCUGCUGGGCGGGCCUCCAUAGCCAGCGGCCUAGAAUUUGUAUCCCACAACCCGCCAAGUGAAGUAGCAGCUCCUCCAGUGGCCAGGACCAGUCCAGCUGGGGGAACGUGGUCAUCAGUGGUCAGUGGUGUUCCGAGAUUAUCUCCAAAAACUCACAGACCCAGGUCUCCCCGACAGAACAGUGUUGGAAACCCUCCCAGCGGGCCUGUGCUCACUUCUCCCCCAGCUGGUACCGCCCCGGCCGAAGCAAUUGCCAUGCCCGUUCCUGCUGCGUCUCCUACGCCUGCCAGCCCCGCCAUCAACAGAGCCGGGACCCCAUCCGCUGAGGCUAAAGAUUCCAGACUCCAAGAUCAGAGGCAGAAUUCUCCAGCAGGAAAUAAAGAAUGCCUGAAAGCCAUUGAAGCAUCGCCUAGCUUCUCAAAAACUGAAAAUAAAGGUGUAUCACCAGUUGUUUCUGAACACAGGAAACAAAUAGAUGAUUUAAAGAAGUUCAAGAAUGAUUUUAGGUUACAGCCAAGUUCCACAACGGAGUCAAUGGAUCAACUACUAAAUAAAAAUAGAGAGGGAGAAAAGCCAAGGGAUUUGCUCAAAGACAAAAUUGAACCCAUUUGUAAGGACUCUUUCAUUGAAAAUAGCAGCAGCAAUUGUACCAGCGGCAGCAGCCCCAGCGCCUCCCCGUCCAUCCUCAGCAGUGUAGAGCCCAGGAGGGGACCCGAGGUCACCUCCCAAGGCGUGCAGACUUCCAGUCCAGCAUGCAAGCAAGAGAAAGAUGAUAAGGACGAGAAGAGAGAUGCAGCUGAGCAAGUUAGGAAAUCUACAUUGAAUCCCAAUGCAAAGGAGUUCAACCCUCGAUCCUUCUCUCAGCCAAAGCCUUCCACCACCCCAACUUCACCUCGGCCUCAAGCACAACCGAGCCCCUCGAUGGUGGGUCCUCAGCAGCCCACGCCAGUCUAUACGCAGCCUGUUUGUUUUGCACCAAACAUGAUGUAUCCAGUCCCUGUGAGUCCGGGUGUGCAACCUUUAUACCCAAUACCCAUGACGCCCAUGCCAGUGAAUCAAGCCAAGACCUAUAGAGCAGGUAAAGUACCAAACAUGCCCCAACAACGACAGGACCAGCAUCAUCAGAGCACCAUGAUGCACCCAGCCUCGGCGGCAGGCCCGCCCAUCGUGGCCACCCCACCAGCCUACUCCACUCAGUACGUGGCCUACAGCCCACAGCAGUUUCCAAAUCAGCCCCUCGUUCAGCACGUGCCACACUACCAGUCUCAGCACCCUCAUGUCUACAGCCCUGUGCUACAGGGCAGCGCUAGGAUGAUGGCGCCGCCAGCACACGCGCAGCCUGGUUUAGUGUCGUCUUCAGCAACUCAGUACGGGGCUCAUGAGCAGACGCAUGCUAUGUAUGCAUGUCCCAAAUUACCGUACAACAAGGAGACAAGCCCUUCUUUCUACUUUGCCAUUUCCACAGGCUCCCUCGCUCAGCAGUACGCGCACCCCAGCGCUACCCUGCACCCCCAUCCUCCACACCCUCAGCCCUCAGCCACCCCCACGGGACAGCAACAGAGCCAGCACGGCGGAAGUCACCCUGCACCCAGUCCUGUUCAGCAUCAUCAGCACCAGGCCGCCCAGGCUCUCCACCUGGCCAGCCCACAGCAACAACCAGCUAUUUACCACGCGGGGCUGGCGCCCACCCCACCCGCCAUGACGCCAGCCUCCAACACACAGUCGCCACAGAACAGUUUCCCCACAGCACAACAGACGGUGUUCACCAUCCAUCCUUCUCACGUCCAGCCGGCAUACGCCAACCCACCACACAUGGCCCACGUACCUCAGGCCCAUGUACAGUCAGGAAUGGUUCCUUCUCAUCCAACUGCCCAUGCGCCAAUGAUGCUAAUGACGACACCGCCACCUGGCGGCCCCCAGGCCGCCCUCGCUCAAAGUGCACUACAGCCCAUUCCAGUCUCGACAACAGCGCAUUUCCCCUAUAUGACGCACCCUUCAGUGCAAGCCCACCACCAGCAGCUGUAAGGCUGCCCUGGAGGACCCGAAAAGCCAAAUCCCCUCCUCCCUUCUACUGCUUCUUCCGACUGGAAGCACGGAAAACUAGUUUCACUUAUU